ACAGAUAUCAAAUAAUCAAAUAAUUAAUUUCUUUUUAACGAACUAAUGCUUAUCUUAAAACAGCAAAACAAAUUUAAUACUUAUAUUAAGUAACUUAUCCAUUUCAAUUGUAUAUUAUGAAGUUAUAAUCUUUUAAUUUUCGGAGUCUCUUAUAUUUUGUUCUUGUACGGAAUCAAAACAUCAAGUAAACGAAGUGAUAUUCCUAAGUUGGUUUGUUUUGAAUGUGAUGGUUUGAAUCGUCAACAGUGGGCAUCGCUCACCGUGGAGACUUACUAGAAGCUCUAAAGGGAGGAUGUCUAACGUAGAAAACGUAUGUCCGCAAGUUCUGCGUGGUGUGACGCGCGAACUGCGACGGCUCGCGGCCAAUCCACCAUCGGGCAUUAAGCUUGUCCUUCGAGAUGACAAUAUUACCGACGUCGUUGCACUGAUUGAUGGCCCUGCGGAUACGCCCUACGCCGGUGGAGUCUUCCGCGUCCGCCUCGCCCUGGGUCGCGAGUUCCCGACGGCGCCGCCGCGCGCCUACUUCCUCACCAAGAUAUUCCACCCCAACGUGUCGGUGGCGGGCGAGGUGUGCGUCAACACGCUCAAGCGCGACUGGCGGCCGGAGCUCGGGCUCGAGCACGCGCUGCUCGCCGUCAAGUGCCUGCUGAUCGCCCCCAACGCCGACUCCGCGCUCAACGCGGAGGCGGCGGCGCUCCUGCGCGACCGCUACGACGACUACUUCGCGCGGGCCAAGCUAUACACCGACAUACACGCGCGGGGGCGCGAGGCGGAGGCGGGCGCGGGCGCGGGCGCGGAGGCGGCGGCGGGCGGCGAGGGCCCGCGCGCCAAGCGCGAGCGCCGGCCGGCCGCGCCGCCCGCGCGCGACAAGCGCCGCAUCCUCAAGCGCUUAUGAGGCGCCGAGUCGCCGACUGCCGAGCGCGCCGCAGGUGUUUCUCCCGCACGAGUGUCGUCAUGAUUUUUAUGAAAUAGGAAUGUAAAAAUGUGUCCUUUAGUUGUAUUUAUUUUCUAAUAAAUAAUAAUAAUGUAAAAUUUA